UGGGAAAUAUAAACGCUCGUGGUGGUGGUUGUGGCUCGGAGGAGGCCCCAGGAGCUGCGAGCAGCAACAGCAGCUACGGAGCCGGCAAAGUUCGGCAGUGGAUGAGCGUUUUUGAGGCGAGAGGAGGAGGCGGCUGCGGCGAAGAGAACUUCCUCAUGGAGGCCGUGGUUUCCAGCGAGCGCCGAGCGCGCUCCGUGUCCGAGGCGGCGGCGGCGGCGGCCGCACAGGAAGGCGCCGGCAUCGCCGCGGCGCAGGAUGGCCUGCCACAGGUCACCACCACCACGACCAGGCAGAGAGGAGAGCGCAGGGAGGAUGGGGACGGCAGUGGGCGCGAACGGUCGCACAGCGAGCCCCACACGGACGAGGAGAGCGAGGAGGAAGAGCUCUCACUGAAGUAUGGCGCCAAGCACGUCAUCAUGCUCUUCGUACCAGUCACGCUGUGCAUGCUGGUUGUCGUCGCAACCAUCAAGUCCGUCACCUUCUACACGGAAAAAAACGGCCAACUCAUCUACACACCAUUCACCGAGGACACAGACACUGUGGGACAGCGAGUGCUUAACUCCAUUCUCAACACCAUCAUUCUCAUCAGCGUCAUUGUGGUUUUGACCAUCUUCUUGGUGCUGCUGUACAAGUACCGCUGCUACAAGUUCAUCCAUGGCUGGCUGAUUAUGUCAUCCUUAAUGUUGCUGUUUCUCUUCACCUACCUUUAUCUGGGAGAAGUAUUCAAGACUUACAAUGUGGCCAUGGACUACCCAACACUCAUUCUCAUCAUGUGGAACUUUGGAGUUGUGGGCAUGAUAUGCAUCCACUGGAAGGGCCCACUGCUUCUGCAGCAAGCCUACCUCAUCAUGAUCAGCGCUCUCAUGGCCCUGGUCUUCAUCAAGUACCUCCCCGAGUGGUCUGCUUGGGUCAUCCUUGGAGCCAUAUCUAUCUAUGAUCUGAUCGCUGUGCUGAGUCCAAAGGGCCCGUUGAGGAUGCUUGUAGAGACUGCUCAGGAACGGAAUGAGCCUAUCUUUCCUGCACUCAUCUACUCCUCAACCAUGGUAUGGAUGGUGGGCAUGGCCGACACAAACUCCACGGAGCAGCAGAGUACGAGGCCUUCCCCUGAGCCAAACAAUGAUGCACAAGUACCAAAUGGCGGCCAAGGUGACUUCACGGGUAAUUUCUUGGGGGACCCGCAGCCAAGUGAACCCGAUGUGCCUCGAACCACUCAUGAGGCUCGAGAACUGGCGCGGGAACGAGCACGCGCAAACCCCCCCAUGCCACCGGAAGAGUCGGAGGAGGAACGAGGAGGUAUAAAGCUUGGCCUGGGAGAUUUCAUCUUCUACAGUGUGUUGGUGGGAAAGGCCUCGGCAGCUGCCAGUGGAGACUGGAACACCACCCUUGCCUGCUUCGUGGCCAUCCUUAUCGGCCUUUGCCUGACCCUGCUGCUGCUGGCAAUAUUCAAGAAGGCAUUACCAGCACUUCCCAUCUCCAUUACAUUUGGAUUGAUCUUUUACUUUGCUACUGACAACUUGGUGCGGCCUUUCAUGGACAGCCUCGCUUUUCAUCAGUAUUAUAUUUAGUUGUGCUCUUUCCCAGCGUUGCAUUGUACAGUCCUUGGUCCAUCUUCCACAGUGUAACCCUCAAUCUGUACAGAUUUCUAUAAGUUAGAUGUUUGUGUUUAUUGACCUGAAUAAAUGUGGGUGUACAACAGUAUUGCUACUGUUUCCUUUGCAUUGCACCCGUAAAAAAACUUUUCUUCUCAGAGAUUAAAGCAAGCACAAGUGCUGGAAUCAUACUCUGCAAAUCUCAGUUGUUUUACUGCACAGUGGAAUACAUAAAUAAUAUCAGGAAUUUAGUUUAACACGUAGGCUCUUAUUAUGGAUCAUGAAUUUAAUUGAUAAUGAGCCUUAUUAGAAGCUUGUAUCUUUAAAGCAAGCAGAUUUGAGCUGGUCACGGUGGCACUUGCCUAUAAUUCAGUGCUUUGGAUGCAAGAGUUGAUGGAUUGUGUCGAUUUGUGCAACUCUCAACCGCCCUUCACUUGUGAGAUGGACAGGAGAUGUAAGUACAUCAAGUAGCUUUCUGACCCACCUGUGGAACCUUUGAGUAUUUUCAUUUUGCACGCUGAAUACGUUUUUUUCUGCAGAUACACGGGUUUCAGCUUACAUGCAGAACAUUCCUGAAAGUAAUUGUCAAACAUGCAAAUGCAGCAUCCUCCUAAAAAUGUCUCGAGAGGGCAGCCUUUCCCGUAUUAAUAAAUGAUGUUAUCGUCAUUAAAUAGUGGCUGUGUACCACACUGCUGCUGUAGAGACCACGUUUUGCCAGUUUUGAGCACAUACUCAAGUUGAUGUUUGACAAAUGCAUUCUGUAGCACACAGGACAGCUUCUACAGACGUGCAUUGUAUUAAUGCUGCAUAAGAAAAACUGGGCAAGACACUGUUAGGCAACAGUGUUGAAUACAUUUUGCUGCUUCACAGUUUGGGUGUUUAAAUACAGCACAAUUCUUAUGAAGCUGCAACAAAUGGGUUUCUGGAGUAGCCUUAGAGAUGGUUGCUAACACAUUAACAUUAAUCAUUUAUUGCUAUAUGAAAUAGUAAAAAUUAAUGUCAUGUUCAAUGUGAUUAAACACUGCUAUGUAAUAA